GCGGUGAGGACUGGUGGCAGUGGGGCGGCUGGGAUGACUGGGAUGAAUGGGAAGACCCAGGCUGGAGCCAGAGUUCGCCCUCGCGCCCUCCCGCCAAAGGGGAGGGCAAGAACAGAUGGCUCCGUGGCAAAGGCGCUUACGCGAAGCGGAAGAAGAACAUGAAGCCGAAGGCCUUCUGCUUUAAUUGGGAGGAGCGCGCAAACUACAGGAAUCCGUCCUCGGCUUCGGCUUCGCCCUCCCAGCCUGGCCCUAAAACGGUGCCGCCACGGCCGCCAGCAUCGUCGCCCAAGGUUGAACCGGCGACCUCGCCCUCCACGCCUAAGCCAGUGCCGCCAGUGCCCGAGACCACGCCCUCCACGCCUAAGCCAGUGCCGACCUCGCCCUCGCCAGUGCCGCCAGUGCCGGAGACCUCGCCCUCCACGCCUAAGCCAGUGCCACCAGUGCCCACGCCUGCCAAAGCGCCGCCAGUGCCCGUGCCUGUGCCGCCAGUGCCCACGCCGGUGCCGCCA